AAGUUUUUGACAUCGGACGUAUUUUGUCCUGUCCUACCUUGGUCCAAUCCGAUGUGUGUCACCGAAAGUAAGCAACGUUAUGGUCGUGGUAACGCUGUAAUGUGACGAUUUUGGACUCAGUCAGAGAUGCUGUCUGUUAAGUUAAGAAAAAGCAUCGUAACUGCCCAGAAGCUGUUGCACUUGGCACGACCCACACCAAAAUGUUGGCCAUUGGCACUUAUCAGGGUUACUGAUGGUGGAUCAGAUCCUCAACAUGUCAGCCGGCCCUCCUUCGCCAGGCCACCAACAGAAUGGCCUCGGGAUUCCUGGGACAAGUAUUGCCCUGGCGUCGGUGCAUCUGUGAGGACCGGGAUCUUUUCGAGCACCCCAUUUCAUGCACUGGCUUUUAUUGCGAGGAAUCAAUAUUUCCAUACAUCUGCUGCGAGGCUCAAGAAGCGACAACAGACUGAACCUCCUCCCAGAGAGCUGGACCUGCUGCGUUAUGACAUGAAGGACUUUUGGAAGAGUCCCAAACCAGCUCUGUGGCUUGGGUUUGCAGGACUGAUCCCCUUUGUUGCCCCUCCUCUCUUCAUGGGUGUGACUGAAAGUUACCUUCCCGAGUUUGCCUCUAUUCAAUUGGCCUACAGCGUCUCCAUCGUUUCCUUCCUGGGCGGAGCUCGUUGGGGGUACGCCCUACCUGAGAGCAGCCCGGCCAAACCUGACUGGAUAAACCUGAGCAACAGUGUGGUUCCUUCACUCUUAGCUUGGGUUACCAUGCUCAUGGCUGACAGCAUUGUUCCUGCAGUGACCAUGGUUAUCAUGGCGCUGGGAAUCUCGCUUCACUAUGAUCUGUCACUGUUGCCCACUUACCCAAACUGGUUUAAAGCACUGCGUGCUGUCUUGACAAUUGUGGCGUUUUUCUCCCUAGUUGGUACACUCGUUGCACAUGGAAUGUACCCAGAGAAGAAAAUGUUUUCAGAGUAAGAAAUCCUGCAGUUUGCAGACAGUGUUGACGUUUUGCUGAAAGAACAAUUCAUGUCAUUAUUGUAUUUUGAGUGAAAACUGAAAUGGCAUUAAACGAUUUGAGAUGGUUU